AGAGAUAUCUUAAAAACCAAUCCAGUCCAAUGCAAAAGCAGCACCAGAUUUGCGUAAAACCCACUUGAUUGCUUCACCUUCUUCAGCUCUCUCUCUCUCACCCUCUCUCUUUCUCUCUCUCUAUGACUUGAAUUCUAAGUAUGAUUUAUUUCUCUUCUCUAUAAAUCAUAAGAAAUUAUUCUUGGAAUUUUCUUACUCUUACAAAACAAAGACAUAUAUUCUCAAAAUCUACCUCCAUGGCUGGGUUCUUGCUGUGAUCAAGCAAGAGGUUACUAAGAACUUUCUUCGAACACGUACUAUAUAUAUAUAUAUACCAUCAUUUUCUCUCUCUCUCUCUCACUUUUACAAAAAUGGGACGCCAUUCUUGUUGUUUGAAGCAGAAAUUAAGAAAAGGUUUAUGGUCACCUGAAGAAGAUGAAAAAUUGUUCAAUUACAUUACUCGUUUUGGUGUCGGUUGCUGGAGUUCAGUUCCGAAGCUUGCUGGUUUGCAAAGGUGUGGAAAGAGCUGCAGAUUAAGAUGGAUAAACUAUCUGAGACCUGAUUUAAAGAGAGGAAUGUUUUCACAGCAAGAAGAGGAUCUCAUUAUUAGUCUUCAUGAAGUUCUUGGCAAUAGGUGGGCACAAAUUGCAGCACAAUUACCAGGAAGAACAGAUAAUGAAAUCAAGAACUUUUGGAAUUCAUGCUUGAAGAAGAAAUUAAUGAAGCAAGGUAUUGACCCAACCACACAUAAACCACUAAGUGAUGUGGAUGUGAAAGAUAAAAACAAUUGUACAGAAAAAGAAUCAAACUUGCCAAAUAUUCCACAACCACAAGGACUUUCAACAGCACCAUCAUCAAUGGCUUCACAAGGACCAGCAUUUCUUGGUACUGAUUCAAAUUACUACGAAGGAGGAGGAGGAAUUACAGAAGAUUCAAAAGAGCAAUUCAUGAACAAGCAAGCAUUCGAUUCUCUAUCUUACUAUGAAUUCCAAAUGGGUUUAGAAACUUGUGGGUAUUCCAAUUCAGAUCUUGUUGCUUCUCAGUAUCAGAAUUCCGUCAGACCCUGCAGCUCUUUCAAUCAGAACCAGAAUUAUGUAACAAAUACAUCAAGCUUUGGUGGGUUUUCAUCAAUGCCAAGCUUGGCAAAUUCUGAUCAUGGAAAUAUGUCAGGGACGGAUUUCUCUGACAACUCUGCAUCAAAAGUGAGUUCUUGCUUCUUCAUGAACAAUGAAGUGAAAGAAAGCUCAAGCAAUAGCUCAAAUGUCAGCAACUAUGCUGGUUACCAAAUGAGCAACAACAGCAACAACAACAAUAUGGUGGAAAAUAAUGCAGGUGCAUUUUCUUGGGAUUCUGAGACCAAAUUGGAAUCUUUGUUCCAGUUUCAAGUCAAUGGGAUAAGAUCAGAGGAAUUCAUGAAACCCAGUUCAUGGCAAGGACAACUUCAUGUUCAAAAUUCAGUAGAUUUCAGUAGCUAUCCAUUAACGUCGCUAUCAGAAGAUCUAACAGGUGCUAAUUUUGAUGUUUUCCAGCAAAUAUGAAACUGUAAAUUCUUAGUAUUUUUUUUGGGGGUCUUUAUACAAAUACACAAAGAUGUUGAUAGUAACAGAGAAUUCCUUAUGGGGGCCCAAAAAAAAAAAAAAAAAAAAAUUGAAAGAGAGAAACGGUUUGAGGUUGGAGAUUAUUUUUUCUUUUUUACCUUCUUAUUUUUAUAGGACCAGGCAAUAAUUAAACAUUAUUAGAAUCAUUUUUCUUCUUGGGUGUCCUUUUCUCUAUUUGUAAUUGUUUUGUUUCAGAGGAGUUGAAAAAAUAAUGGUAAUUUGAAGAGUGUAACUAAUUCUUGUGGUCCUAAUCUCUCCUUGUUAUAUCUUAACAGAUAAAUCAUUAUUAUUAUA